GCUCAUUAUCGUCCGUCCGGAGUCGUCAAGUCCGAAAAGGGCAAGCCUCCCUUGCUAAACUGCAGACUCACGCUGUCUUCCCAGGCGGCACCCCCGGGGCGGUGGAGGGAGAGAGAUCGAUAUGGCAGGCCCCAUCUUCCAGUACACCAGUCUCUACGUCAAGAUCAGCGAAGGAAAGAAGCUGCCUAGCCGCGAAGUUUCCAGUCAUAGAAACCCUUUCUGUGUUCUCAAAGUCGACAAUGAAGCCGUCGCAAGGACUGCCACAGUCUACAGAACUCUGGAGCCGUUCUGGGGAGAGGAGUACACGCUACAUGUCCCGAAUGAAUUCCAGGCCGUCUCGGUUCAUGUUUUUGACCAUGACCUCAUGGGGUCUAAGGAGCCACUAGGGAAGGUAAUGCUGGACCGGGAGAGCAUCUUAAACUCUCCAAGAGGUCUGGACAAGUGGUUCCCACUGACGGCGGCCACCAAACACGACGAGGUCCAGGGAGAAGUGCUGGUGGAGAUUAUGCUCACAGAGCAGGGAGCCAGUGAUGAUCACAUGAAGGCCCUUGUCACUGUUGUGGAGGCCAGAGACCUAGCGGCAAAGACGGACGGGAAAUGUGACCCAUUUGCCACUCUCUACUACAACUGACGAGCAGUUCAGUACACCUGUGAUUGCCAAGACAAGGUUCCCCCGGUGGAAAAAGAGUUUCGAUAUUUCCAUCCCUCACCCCAUGGUCACCAGGCAGCACAAGACACUCAAAGUCACCAUCUACAAUUGGGACAAGUUUACUCACAACCACUUUAUGGGGCAGAUUGAAAUAGAUCUGAGUGAGUUGCAGAUGGACCAGAGGUACAAGACAUGGUACAGACUCCAGCACAGCGACCACCUGAAGGGCAAGGACAAAAAGAAAGAGCUGGGUUCUCUGAGACUCAAGGUCCAAUGUCACGAGGAGAGAAUACUGGACACGCAGUUCUACACUCCCUUCGUGGAGUUCAUGCUGAACGUGGUGGACGACAAGAGGCCUGAAGGGUGUGCGGUGCUGACGGCCCUGGAGGAGGUGAUGACGAUGGACAGAAACUCGGUGGCCCACGCCCUGGUGAGGUUCUACUUGGCCCACGGCAGUGUCCUUCCUCUGCUGGAUGUCCUCACUCUCAGAGAAAUCAACAGCACCAGCAAACCUGCCACUCUCUUCAGAGGUAACUCUCUUGCCUCCAAGUCCUUCGACCAGUUCAUGAAGAUUGUGGCCUUGCCAUAUCUCCAUGCAACAAUCGCGCCAGUCAUCGAUGCCAUAUAUACUGAGAAGAAACUAUGUGAGCUGGACACAGAGCAACUCCGUCAGAGCAACAAGUCCUCGGCAGGGAAGGUGGUGGAGUCCUCGGUGGCCCUCCUGGGGGAGUACACCAAGCUAAUGAUGGACUCUGUCUUCUCCAGUGUCGACCAGUGCCCCGGACUGCUGCGCAUGGCUCUCAGGCAGCUGUGGGCCCGAGUGGCCGAGCGGUUUACUGGAGCUGAGCACGCCAAUGUUCCGUAUCUGGCGGUGUCUGGGUUUCUGUUCCUGAGGUUCUUUGUCCCCGCCGUCUUGUCCCCCAAACUGUUUGCCCUCAGAGAGGAGCACCCUGACCAGCGCACAGAGCGGACUCUCAAACUACUGGCUAAGGUGAUGCAGAAUGCCAGUAAUCUCCAGGAAGAAGAUGGAGGCAAAGGAGCCGUUUCAAUGCACCCCAUGAACUGCGUGAUGCCUGAGAGCGUGGCUCGCGUCAAGACCUUCAUCCAAAGCCUCGUCCAGAUUGACCAGAAAGAAGUGUCGGCAGAGCGAGGGGUGAAGGACGGUGGUUACAUCCAUCACCUCAUCCUGUGUAAGGGAUUUCUGUGGAAGAGGAACACGUCUACGGCCAGUGGAGGAAGUCUUCAGUAUCGGAAGAGAUACUUCGAACUCAGCAACAUCGCACUCACCUAUAGUCAGAACGAGAAACAAGUUGGAGUGAGUUACCAGUGGCUAACUAUAUACAAGAAUUGUCUAAUUUUUGUUAAGUGUAGAGCAUUUUGUCACUAGACAGCCUCAAUACAUCUGGGAACCUUAAUCUUGUACAUGUAGGUAUGCCAAUGAGAUUCCUAGUCUCUCAUGACGUUUAGCAUAUAUAGAAAUUUGCAAUGCAUGUUGCAAACAAGUGAAUAUAUUUCAAUUUGUCCCCAAAGAGUCCCCAUAUUCAGUGUAUCCUCUGCUACAAGAAUAAGCCCUCUCUGUUGUCUGUCUGUCGGUCCUGCUCAUUAGGAUGUGAAGAGCUACCCGGUGCAGUGGAUCAAGGUCACUGAGAAGAUGGACGAGGGAGCAUUCCAUCGCAAACACAUGCUCCAAGUCGUCAUAGUACCGACCCCUGGCAUGCCUAACGCGCCUCCCCAGACAGCCCUCCACCUUCAGGCCUCUGAUGUGAAUGAGCAGAAUCGCUGGGUGUCUGCCAUCCGCAAGGCCUGUCUCACCAAUAGAGACAUGAUCCCUGUCUACCACCCAGGGGCCUUCAAGAACGGCAAGUGGACAUGCUGCAGAACUCCUGCCAGCCAAGAGCCAGGGUGCAGUCAGUGCCACAGAGGGAUCACGAUGGGAGACUGGCGAGAUCCCCUGGACCCUGACCUCGAUGCUCAGAUCCUCUUCUCACAGUUCCUCAAAGGUCGACAGAGUCUGAUCAAGAAAUACUCGCCAGACGAUGGGAGUGGCUCCUCCACGCGAGGCUCCUCCUCUUCCCCCACCCCCUCCUCCGGAGCCACGAGUCUCGGACACGACGAUGAAUUGGGCGGAGCUUCAGCUGCCGCGGGGGAUGGAGGCGUGGGGGACAAGCAAUGCCGCGACCUUCUUGGACUGGUUGACGAGCUAAAGUGGUACCACGAACAGUGCAGCAGUUCAGCCUAAUCUCAUGAAUUAUUCAUAGAAUGGAGACUGGUGGUUUUAUAUUGUCACAAUCAUCUCAUUGUUUGUUUAUGUGUACAGACGCACACACUAACACAAGACGAGUGAGUUAGCCUCUUAUGUACAUGUAUGACCAUAUGUUAUGUAAUACUGUGUGUAUUGCUGUAUGUUUGUAUCAUAGACUCAUUUUUACCCUCGGCGCGCAUGCGCAGUGAGGGUACUGUAGUUGGGUGUGUCUGUGUGUGUCUGUUACUCUCAAUCUCACUUCUCG